CUCGGUCUGCGACUUGGGUGGGCGCGCGUGGCGCUGAGUUCCGGGUCCCCUGCCUGGACACCCCGGCGGUCUGGUCCUGUGGGGCCGCUGGGGCGCACGGUGACCCUGCUGCCUGCGCGGCCACUUUACGCACAUCACUCUGGGCCGGGAUCUGACUUCGCGGGGGUGUCGGCUACUCCCGCUCCACCCUCCAUCGGGCUCUGUCCGCUUCAGGCGCAGCGGCAGGAGCGGUGGGUGAGAAGGACAGUUUUCCUGCCAGCCGGGACAGCGCGCUGAAGGCGGCCCGAGCCUUUGCGGGAACUCGCUGGGGCUGCGGGCCCAUCUCAGCCUUGUCAAAGCGUCCACAGCGCCAUGACCGUCUCUUGAGUUCAGCCAGGCUCCCUGGGCCCGGGGCGCGGGGAUGGUGGCUCCUUGGCGCUUGUCUGUCCAGGUCUGCUUGUCACGCCUAAGAUGUUUUGAACUCAGAAAGGAGCUGAGACCCUCUGGCUGCGCUCGCAAUACUAGACUCUGUUGGCUUUUGCUGGGCACUUUGCCCAAAGUCAUCUCAGUGAAUGGAGACUGUGGUACGGGGGCCUCUGGCGGCUUGUGUCAGAAAAAGGCACGCUGGAGUGGUCUGGCUGAAAAUGUGCCGACCGGGGAGAGGGUCUCCCAAGCAGGGAGCAUCGGCCACAUCUUCCUGCAAGUCCGAGUCUGGCUGCGGGCCUGCGCCCUCUUGAUGAAAUUCUUCCCCCUCCUGCUACUGUACCCCCUCACCUACCUUGCUCCUGGUGUCUCUGCCCUCUGGCUGCGUCUGCUUCUGAAAGCCACUGAGACCUCGGGCCCCACGUACAUCAAACUGGGCCAGUGGGCCAGCACCCGGCGAGAUCUCUUUUCCCAGGCUUUCUGUGCCCAGUUCUCUAAGCUGCACGUGCAGGUGGCGCCCCACGCGUGGGCUCACACAGAGCGCAUCCUGCAGCAGGCCUUUGGGGAGCACUGGGCCAGCACCCUCUUCUUUGAGCACCAGGAGCCUGUGGGUUCCGGGUGCGUGGCCCAAGUGUACAAGGCCUAUGCUCACCCGGCACUACUGGCUGAGAACAGCGCAAACCCUCAACCCUCCCCCAAAGCAGGAGCCUUGGGGGCGCUGCGGCAGCUCUUUGGACACCUGGGCAAGGGCUGGAAACCUCCAGGGAAUCUUGCUGACCAGUUGGUUCUGGAAAAGCUGCUUCUCCCUGAAGCUGCCCUGGUGGGACCCAGUGCAGGCAGGUCUGAGGCUCCGGACCCUGGCCUUCAGUGGGAGCGGGAUCACCUCAUUCCAGUGGCGGUGAAGGUGCUACACCCUGGCCUGCUCUCGCAGGUGCAGAUGGACUUAUGGCUGAUGAAGAUUGGCAGCCGAGCCCUUGACCUUUUGCCAGGAAUCAAGUGGUUUAGCUUGCCUGAGGUUGUGGAGGAAUUUGAGAAGCUCAUGGUGCAACAGAUCGAUCUGCGUUAUGAAGCUCACAAUCUAGAACAUUUCCAACGCAACUUCCGUAACGUGACCUCUGUCAAGUUUCCCACCCCUCUGCGGCCGUUUGUCACUAGGGACGUGUUGGUGGAAACAUAUGAAGAGAGCGUGCCGGUGUCCAGUUACCAGCAGGUGGGCAUUCCUGGUGACCUGAAGAGGGCGAUUGCACGGCUGGGCAUCAACAUGCUCUUGAAGAUGAUCUUUGUGGAUAACUUUGUGCACGCGGACCUUCACCCUGGGAACAUCCUGGUGCAGGGUGCCCACAGACCUUCCAUGAGCCGGGAGGUGCAGCCGCAGCAGGUAGCCGUUUUCAACACAUGGAUGGGGCCUGGCACGGCCACCCAGCACCCGCUGCGCCUGGUGCUGCUAGACGCGGGCAUUGUGGCUGAGCUGAGCGAUGCUGACCUAAGCAACUUCCGGGCAGUUUUUUUGGCUGUGGUCAUGGGGCAGGGCCGCAGAGUGGCUGAGCUCAUCCUGCACCACGCCCGGGCCAGCGAGUGCAGAGACGUGGAGGGCUUCAAGACCGAGAUGGCCGCGCUGGUGACCCAGGCCAGGAGGAACACCAUCACCCUGGAAAAGGUUCACGUCUCCAGCCUUCUGUCCAGUGUCUUCAAGUUGCUGAUGACUCACCGGGUGAAGCUGGAGAGCAACUUUGCCUCAAUUGUGUUCGCCAUCAUGGUGCUGGAGGGGCUCGGCCGCUCCCUGGACCCCAAGCUGGACAUCCUGGAGGCGGCGAGGCCCUUCCUGCUUAAAGGGCCAGCGUCUUCUCCCUGAAGGCGGUUGCAGUGGGUGUGCGGUGCGACUUCAGGUGCCUUGGUCCACCUUCUUCUUCUGGGAGCUGCUCCCAGGGGGCCUCUCUUGUGGGCACCGCUGCUUGGCUUCGAUUUGCUGUCGGGGUUGUCUGGGGAGUACCACUGGGGAAGGGCCUGGUCCUGGAGUUGUGCCAGCUGGGCCUCAGGCCAGGCACCAUGUUCU